AUGGCCGAUUUUCCGAUCUAUCCGGACCUGAAAGGGGCGUCCGUCCUGAUCACCGGUGGCGGGUCGGGCAUCGGCGCCGCGCUCACCGAAGGCUUCGUCGCGCAAGGGGCGCAGGUCGCCUUCAUCGACAUUGCCGAAGAAGCCAGCAAGGCGCUGGCCCACGACCUUGGGGCGCGCUACGGCCAUGCCCCGCUCUACCUCAAGGCCGAUCUGACCGAUGUUGAAGCAAUCCGGGCCGCAGUGGCCGAAGCCGCCCGCGACCAUGGUCUGGUGACGGUCCUCGUCAACAAUGCGGCCUGGGACGACCGCCACGAGAUCGAUGCGGUCGAUGCCGACUAUUGGGACAGGAACACCGCGAUCAAUCUGCGCCACGCCUUCUUCACCGCCCAGGCCGUUACUGAAGGCAUGAAGGCGUCGGGCGGCGGCGCGAUCGUCAAUUUCACCUCCACAUCCUUCAUGCUGAACAUUGGCGACAUGCCGGCCUACACCGCAUCCAAGGCCGGCAUUAUCGGCCUGACCAAGGGUCUGGCGGGCAAGCUCGGGCCGCACAAGAUCCGCGUCAACGCGAUUGCGCCCGGCUGGGUGAUGACCGAUCGCCAGAAACAGCUUUGGGUGACGGACGAUUCGCUCAACGAAAUGCUCGGGCGGCAAAGCCUCAAACACGCAUUGCAGCCGCACGAGAUGGUCGGGCCGUGCCUGUUUCUGGCAUCGAGUGCGGCCAGCGCCAUCUCGGCGCAGACCCUGAUCGCCGAUGGUGGCCUGCUUUGA